AUGGUAGGAGUAGAUACAAUAGAUCCAACAACUUUCCCUUCAUAUAAGGAUUACUAUGAUAACUUCGAAAAAGGAGAAAAGAGCACGGCAAUAAAAUGUGACGACCAAAGUGAUUGUGGCAAAGAAAUAAAGAAGUAUCAAUUGACACAAAGGAAUCUUACGGCGCAUCUGCAUCAAACUAUGGUAGCACUCGACUAUAUAUACAAAACAUACGGAAGUGGACAGAAGAAAUCACUCGAAUGUACAGCACGCGAAUUUUUUUAUUAUUGGUUAGGGGAUAGAAUAUCUAAGGGUACAGGGAGAAGUGCGAAUUUCCGAACUCACAUAGGUCUCCUUUGUGACUCUAUAAAUAGUCCCUCUGGGAUAGGGCUAUGUAAAAUUCCCCGCGAUAACCCUGACGAAACAACUUUCCAACAUAGGAAAAUCAUAUUCGAUUAUUACAACGAUUAUAACUACGUAAAGCAGGAGUUACAGAAAGAUGAUCCCAAUUGUAAAGGAAAAUGGUCUAGUUAUUUGGAUGGCAUUUGUGCGGCAUGCAAGGCUGUGAAGGAUGAUUGCGCCCAAAGAGAAAGAGAAACGCAAAGUGAGAAGGCAUACUGUGAAGAAUUCGAAAAAAAGUACGGCGCAUAUUGUGAUGCGGCGACACUGCCAGAAAUGCAAUCUAAAUUAGAAUAUCUACAAAAAAACAUAGCGUCUGAACAGGAUGCAACACAAUCCACACGAUCCCAAUUAAAUGAUGCAUUAAGUAAAGCGAACACCUCCUCUUCUCUUUCUUCUGCUUUUGGUACCAUAGCCCUAAUGGAAUUACCCUUAGUUAUAUUUUACCUAUAUAAGUAUAAACCGUGGUCUUCUUGGUUUGGUAACCACUCUUCUGGAAAUAGUACAGGAAGAAGAAGCAACAGAAGGAAGAGAAGAUCCGCUGGACAGAACUUUGAUGUUUCUGCGGAAGAGACCUUCACUGAAUAUUCCACAGAUAACUCAACAAUAGGUGACUUAACAGCAGAAAAUUCCACCACACUACGUUCUAGCGCAUACACAAGACCACCUAGAAGGAAUAGAAGGGCAGGAGCAGGAACAAAUGAUGAAGCAGGUCAUCGUAAUGUGGGUUACGGUCGCAUAAAAAAAAAAAACACAAACAGAGAAAAGAAUUAUAAAGACAACAUCUUCUGGAAAAGAAAAAAAAAGAAGGAAUAA